UCCGGCGCGCCCGCCACACGCACUGCACACUUCCGAAAACAGCCAACACUGGCACGCGAGAAACAAUUAAAAAAUAAUCACCCGCCAAUUAGAAGAAAAAAGCGGGCGAAACAGAAGCGCGCGCAUCCGAAUUUCGAAUACAAGAAUUUGACAAGUGUGAAUUUUUCUGUGACGUUCCUGCUCUGGCAGUGUUAAAUUUUUGUCGUGCUAAGUUCUUGGUUAUUAACUGUUGUUCUUAUGUUUGCCGAUUUGUGAGGAUUGGCCGCUGACAGCUGUGUUAGAGCUGAACGGAUUUCUCAUGCUGUUGCACCGUUUUUCAUAAUGGUGACACGGUGGAAAGGCGGGGGGGAGAGGGGCGAUUCCAAUAAUUGGGCCUGAAGCCCAAAUACAUUAAAAACAUGGUAACCUGCGACAGUGACGCGCGGCCGGGGGGCUUCCGCCUGGGCCGCGACGAGGAGCCCCGCCCCCGCGCCCCCAGCACCCCCCGCGCCCCCAGCGUGUCCUCACUCUCCAUGUACAAGCACAAAAUCGAUGCCCUGUUUGAUGAUAGCCGCUCUUCCACCAGCCUGCCGCAGUGCGGGUUGCAUAUGAGCGAGACACGCAGGGAAAGCAAGGUCAGCUCCACCCGUGAAAGUAAAGCGACUACGAUCUACGAAGAUGAAGACAUGUACACUCGAAAGCAACUCAAUAAGAUGAACAAUUCGGUUCAAGAUCGCAUAGAGAGAAUGUUUGCGGAUAUUUCAGGCGAAUCUCGCCCUUUAGCGGAGAACAUAGGAGUCCACGUGUUCAGCGUACACUACCUCGGAUCCACUCCACUACAAAGUAAAGUCACCAGCCUGGGCGGACUGCAAACUCCUCUCAAAGACCUGUACUUUGCCUACAGAAGAAACCUUCGCCAUAAAAGUGCCGUGACCGGCAGACUAGAAAUCUCUAAAAGUGGACUCAAAGUCCGAUACAAGGGAGAUAAAGGAGAUUUGGAACAACUCAAUCCUUUCCCCACUAUAGCCGUCUGGUCAGCAGUAAAGUUUAUUGUCCAAACAGAGAAAGAAAACAAUGACACUAGCUACGCCUUCCUUCCUCUAAUCACUGAUCCUGAUAACAUUGACCGGCAUGCUUUAUUCAAAACACUAGAACCUCCCGAUAAAAAAUACAUCCUCUCUAACAACGAAAACUCACACUCACCACUUUUCGCUGUCGUGAUGAGGAAGAUCGGAGUCGCCAAGCAACUGGAGUGUCAUGGGUUUGUAUGUCAGACUUCGGAGGACGCUAUCGUCAUAGCGGCCACGCUAUACAAAUCUCUCAUGUCACAUAUGAGUCGGCAAAGUCACACGGAAAAGAAGAAGUUGAAGAAUCGGAAUGGAGUGAGUUGUAUGAGCGUGACCAGCAGCAUAUCGCCGCAUGACACCCACCCCGUGAGACCACCUCGGAAGAAGCGGAGCACGUCAUCGCAAAGUGGUGAUAGUGACAGAGCCGACGGGUUUUCGGCAAGCGAGUCGUUCCACGAGAAACCAAAACUAGAGAGAACCAAAAAUAUUUUAUCAGAGAGUCAGCCGCUUUUGCCGCCACCCCCCUCGAUCCCUCCCGCCGAACCCAAACGAAUCACCGUCGAGGAAGUGAAAGCGAAACUUGACUCUAUCACCCACAACGACACUAGUGGCAGUGAUACACAGAAGUCCAAAAAGUCUUUGUCGAAAGAGUCCAUAAGUGGCCCAAGUAAUGACUUGUUAAGAAUUAAGAAGUUGCCCCAAAGCAGCGGGGAAUCCUCAACGAGAAGCAAGGUGUCUGAGAAAAUUGAACUAUUUAGAGAACUAGAAAGAAGAAGAAGCUUACAGAGGCCCCCGAACCUUCCCCCUCCUAUUCCUAUUAAACCACCGUCAGAGCCCCCACCGGACCCACCAACAAAAGAUCCUCUAAAAAGAAACCACAGCGGGAGAAACUCAAUCAAUGACUCAGGAGAUAUCUUGACGAAAGUAGCGAUACCAAGAUCAGGCAGUUUUCUCAACGCAGGGGGACUGACUCGGUACAAAUCUCUCGGGCACAGAAACAACGGAAAGAAGGGAGGAGGCUCACCCCUCGGGUUCAAUGAACUUUUUAACGAAUUCAAAGUUCAGGAGAACUUGCACUCCAUGGACGACAUCCUCAGCGCCAUCAUCGACGCCGAAGGAAUGUCGUUCAACGAUCUCAAACCGAUUUACAAGGAAUUCCUUUUGAAACUAGCCGUAACGUUAACGAAGGAUGAGAUAUUCCAACACAGUAAAGCCAUAAUGAAGAAGCAGAAGAAGAAGAUAUUGCGAAGAAACAGCACCUUCCAGAACAGACGGAGAAAGAUAUUCAAGGGCGCGAGCGGUCUCCGGAUGGUGUUCCGAAUGCCUUUCGGCAAGGAUAUCAGGAAAGGCGACCAGAAGCGACUCGGCUCCUUCGAUGUGCACACUAUGCCGAACGCUAAGACGCGGGCGUCUGAGAGCUCGGUGUCCACGUCCAGCUACGACCUGCGCCAGUUCCGGCCCAAGGAGCCCCCGCUACCACCUCCAAAGCGGCAGGCUAUGAGGCAGAGACACUCCAAACGAAGUGACAAGGUAGUCCACGUUUCCAAACGCAAUGGCAAAGUGUCCAGACCAGGUGAAAGAACCUCUACAUCGGAAGAUUCAGAUUUCCUGACGUUGAGCAACCGACUAGGAUGCCAGAACAGAAACAGCUCCAGCGGCUACGUAUCGUGCUCCGAGUGUGAAUCGGAUGGAUGCGUCGACAGAUGCUAUUGUUCACUGAAAGGAAACUGCAAAAACAAAUGCUACUGCUCCGCCACCGAACUCAAGAAAUCUUCGUCCAAGACACGCCUCCUCGGCAAAAGUAAUAGCUGCAAGGACUGCACUAAUAGGGAGGUUUACGACGCGGACUUCAGCUACUGCUCCUGCGACUCUGAGAGCUGCGCGGACAGCAACAAGUGCUACUGCGCAGGUCCGCGUGCCGUGACGUCACGCAGCCUCGAGUACCUGCGCAGCCCCACGCAGCAGGUCUACUCCGAGAGGUUGAAGAAGGCCGCUGACCAGUAUGAGAAGCAGAGGACUAGAUCCAGUUCGACGGGGCGGCGCGGCGGCGAGGAGCGCGGGCGGCGCGCGCGCAGCUCCGACAACCUGGCGCUGGACUACGAGCUGCUGCUGCAGAACAGGGCCCGGGAUACGCGCAGCCGCAACAUGAAGAGGCUUACUGUGAGGAGCACUGGGGCCGGCUCCCACGACGCGCUCAGCGUGAAGAAGUCGGCAGAAAUGGCGGCACUCUUCGCAGAUGUGCGGCUCUCGCAACGGACGGACGUGCGCGCCCUAGCCGGGGGCGGGGGGCGCCGGCCGAGGGCACCCCCGCUGCCCCCCGCGCCCCCCAGAGCCGCGCCCCCAUUGGCCAGGAUGUUCGACCAUCGACCACUCAGCAGAAACGCUAGCUUGGAAGAUACGCUUGGGUAUCUUCCGUAAGAUUCGGGAUUUAAGGUGGUAGGGUGUAAGGUUGGUCCUUUGUUUUUUUUGUAACAGAUAAAUUGAUUGCAUUUGGGAUUGGAGGUAAAGAGAUAUUGCAUAUGACUGUAAUGAUGAUGAUGAUAAUGAAGUGCUAACUGGAACUUUUUCAAAUA